UUAAGAUUACAUUGGAAAAGGAUCGGCACUGGAUUUAAAAGCGACUUCCCGGUUUCAGGUAGGGCACAGCACCAGCCUGCACUGCGGAGCGAGGAGAGUCACCAUCACCGGCAGAUCAUCUUGGUCCUUUUGCUCUACCACCUUCCUAGGACUUCAAGAUCACCCAAAAUGGCUAGCACCUUCACCCGAGUCCUGUCCUCCAGGAAAUCUGCUGGGCUUCUUGCAAUGGUUGGAGCUGGUUCUGUAGCAGCUGGGUACCUUUUGUCCAGAGAAACAAUCAGUGCUGAUACAAGUACAAGAAGAAGGCUAUAUCCACCAAGUGCAGAGUACCCCGACCUGCGGAAGCACAAUAAUUGCAUGGCCAGCAAUAUGACUCCUACAAUCUAUGCCAGACUCUGCAACAAAACCACCCCUUCUGGAUAUACUCUUGAUGAAUGCAUCCAGACUGGUGUUGAUAACCCCGGACACCCCUUCAUUAAGACAGUAGGCAUGGUAGCCGGAGAUGAGGAGUGCUACGAGGUUUUCGCAGACUUGUUUGACCCAGUAAUAAAGGAGCGACACAAUGGCUAUGAUCCAAAUACCAUGAAGCAUCCUACUGAUUUAGAUGCCAGCAAGAUUAAAGCAGGUCAUUUCGAUGAGCGUUAUGUUUUGUCCUCUCGUGUUCGGACCGGAAGAAGCAUCCGAGGCUUGAGCCUACCCCCAGCAUGCACUCGUGCAGAGAGGAGAGAGGUUGAGAAGGUGGCAGCGGAAGCCCUUAAUGGACUGACAGGAGACUUGAGUGGGCGCUACUACAGACUCAGUGAAAUGACUGAUGCAGAACAGCAGCAGCUAAUUGAUGAUCAUUUCCUCUUUGACAAACCAGUAUCUCCACUGCUCACAGCAUCAGGAAUGGCUCGAGACUGGCCUGAUGCUCGCGGAAUAUGGCAUAACAACGAAAAGACCUUCCUUGUCUGGAUAAAUGAAGAAGACCACACUAGGGUCAUUUCCAUGGAAAAGGGUGGAAACAUGAAGAGAGUGUUUGAGCGAUUCUGUCAUGGUCUAAAAGAGGUUGAAAGAUUAAUCCAAGAGAAAGGCUGGGAAUUUAUGUGGAAUGAGAGGCUGGGCUACAUCCUUACCUGUCCCUCUAACCUUGGCACUGGCCUGAGAGCAGGUGUGCACAUUAAGCUACCUCUACUGGGCAAGGAUCCACGGUUCUCCAAAAUCCUAGAAAAUCUCCGUUUGCAGAAGAGAGGCACAGGAGGCGUAGAUACCGCAGCUGUCGGCGGCACUUUCGAUAUCUCAAAUCUAGAUCGUUUAGGAAAAUCUGAGGUGGAGCUGGUACAGCUGGUCAUCGACGGAGUGAACUAUCUCAUCGACUGUGAGAAAAGACUGGAGAAAAAGCAAGACAUUCGCAUCCCGGCACCUGUGGUUCAGUUCAAAAACUAAUGCAAAGCCACUCGCCUGAAAAGCAAAGGAUCAAGGCCCCUCAUGCUGAAUGCAUACAGAACUACAGCAGAUGACACAUGCAUCAUAUAUAUAAAUAUAUCAUACAUAUAAAUAUAUCAUACAGCAGGUCUAGCAUGUUGUAAACAUCUGUGAACACCAUUGAUCUAUUACCACCAGUUCAAUAAACUACACUGCUGAUCAA